AUGAGCACGCGGGCCGUACACAUCGAACUGGCCGAGAAGUUGGACGUCGAUAGCUUCUUAAUAUGCCUGAAGAAUUUCACGAACCGACGAGGCAAGAUCACCCACUUAUACAGCGACAACGGGACCAACUUCAUAGGCGCGGAUAGGCUGAUGAAGAAGUUGGUGGAAGAGAUCGGAGAGAGAAUGGGAAGAGAAGCCGCCCUGAGACACCAGAUUGAAUGGAAAUUCAAUCCGCCGUCCGCUCCCCACUUCGGAGGAUCGUGGGAGCGGCUUAUUCAAAUAGUGAAGAAAGCGCUACACCACAUGGCGACUGAGUGGAAGACGCGACACCCCUACCCGGAAACGUUGCGAGCGGCGUUAAUAGAGAUAGAGGCUAUGAUCAAUUCGCGGCCAUUGACGCACAUACCAUUGUCUAACGAGGAAGACGAGGUUCUAACGCCGUUCCACUUCCUUAUUGGACGAGGCGUUGAGAGCCUGCCGCCGGACAGUCUGGACACAUCCUAUGUAUCCAGGCAGCAGUUUAAAGUGGCCCAGCAUAACGCCAAGGUUUUCUGGGAUCGCUGGAAGAAGGAGUAUCUGCCUACACUCAUCAAGCGGAACAAGUGGACCAACAAGGCAGAACCAGUGAAGGUGGGCGAUGUAGUGGUGCUCACGAACGACAACGCACCCGCGGGACAAUGGCUGAAGGGCAAGGUGCUGGAAGUGCACCCAGCUGCGGAUGGGCAAGUUCGCGUCGUGUCCGUGAAGACGGCUACCGGAAUCCUGAAGCGACCGGCCGUCAAGGUAGCAGUAGUGGACGUGAAGCCCAAGGAGCAUCUACUCGUCGUGAAGCAACCGCCAUCCAAGACGACCAAGCGGGUGCUGGAAGAUGACGUGACUUUGAGGGAGGCCCCGUCAACCAAGCGGAUCAUCACAGCUGGCGACUGGAUAACCAGAUUGCUUGCGGACAAUUCAGAUCGCGAAUGA